UUAUGACAUGCCGAACCGUCAAACCCGCAUCUCGGCUAAGAUGAAACGGAGUAAUGAGCCAAGAUCGUUUGACGAAGCAAAAAGAAGCUUUGUGUGCAACAUGCACAAGCAUGAUGGACAUAAAAGUUGCGUUAGAUAAAUACGAACAGACGCAUCUGCUCAGUUUCUACGGACACCUGAGCAUCGAAGAAAGAAAAUCACUUCUCGACCAGCUGGCCUCAAUCGACUUCAAGGAGGCUAGAGAGAUGUUUCAGGAAGCUCUCGAGGUGAUGGAGCAGCAGGAGAGCUUGACCGGAAAGACGAUAGAGCCCGUUCCGAUCUCCGAAUUUGGAUCGGCCUUGACCUGCGGCGAGGCCAAGAUCCAGGAGUAUUGGAACGCCGGCCUUCACGCUAUCGGCGAAGGGAAGGUGGCCGCCUUGGUGCUAUGCGGCGGGCAGGGCACCAGGUUGGGGUUGGACAUACCAAAAGGGAUGAUAUCCGUCAACCUACCUUCUGGGAAGACCAUCAUGCAGAUUCACAUCGAGCGGAUCAAGAGGCUGCAGGAGCUGAGCGGUAAAUUAUUGGGGAAGCAGGUUGUUCUGCCGCUUUAUGUGCUGACCAGCGAAGCCACUCACGAUCAGAUAAGGGUGUUCUUGGAGGAGAACGAAUAUUUUGAGUUGCAGAAGGAAGACAUUGUCCUCUUCAAACAGGGAAUGAACCCGUGCUUCACCUUCGAAGGCAAGAUCAUCCUGUCCGAGAAAAACGUCGUCGCCAUGGCACCCGACGGCACCGGAGGCCUCUACAAGGCCAUGGCCAAAAACGGCAUCUUCGCCGACAUGGAGAAACGCGGCGUGCGCUACAUCUACGUCUUCCCCAUAGACAACAUCAUGGCCAAGGUGGCCGAUCCCAUCUUCGUCGGCUACUGCAUGGAAACAAACAGCGACUGCGCGGCGAAGGUCAUCAAGAAGCACAAGGCGAAGCAGAACGUGGGUAACAUCUGCAAGGUGGACGGCGAUUACAGCGUGGUGGAGUACUCGGAGAUCAGCGACGAGCUGGCCACUCAGACGGACGACCAGGGCGAGCUGAGGUUUCACUCGGGCAGCAUCUGCAUACACAUGUUCACGCUGGACUUCAUGAAGCAGAUGGCGGAGGUCAAGCUGAAGCCGCAUGUUGCCAAGAAGAAGGUUCCCUUCGUGGACGAGGAGGGCGUCAAGAGGAAGCCGACAAAGCCGAACGCGGUCAAGGUCGAGAGGUUCGUCUUCGAGGCUUUCAAGUUCUCCCGCGGCUUCGUCACGUGGGAAGUGGGUUACGACGAGUUCAGCCCGAUCAAGAACCCCAACUCGGUAAAGUACGAGUGCCCGCUCACCGCCAGAACCGACCUGCUGAGCAUGCACAAGAGCUACGUCGAGAAGCUGGGCGGCGUGCUGGAGCACGCGGAAGCGGAGGUGUCGCCGUUGCUGUCGUACGCGGGCGAGAACCUGGGCGACCGCGUCAAAGGCGUCGUCUUCCCGCCCUUCUCCUCCACCCACAUCCAGAGCGAGGAGGAGUACGACAAGAAUCAGGUGGAUCUGAGCUACCAGUCCUUCUCGCAGCUGUUCAAUAUCAAGCCCACGAUGAUACUGGACGGUUGAGGACGAUCACGCAAAACCGAAGACUUGCCCGGCUAGAAGUCGGGUAGUGUGUACGCCGCCUUAGUACAUAUUAGUGUCAAUAAAGCUUGAGAUGUUGAGGUUUUAAAA